AUGUUUCCUCUUGUUCUCGCCAAUCCAUCCACAGAGCCAUCAUAUAUAGAUGAUUUUUUUGCAAAAGUUAGUCCUUAUCUUUGGGGUCUUGUUGGAAUUGGUCUUUGUAUUGGAUUAAGUGUUACAGCAGCUGCUUGGGGUAUUUUUAUUACAGGUACAAGUAUUAUUGGAGGAGGAGUUAAAACGCCUCAUAUUCAGACGAAAAAUUUGAUUAGUAUUAUUUUUUGUGAAGUAGUUGCAAUUUAUGGGAUUAUUAUGUCAAUUGUAUUUAGUACAAAAUUACAAGAAGUAGUAGGGCCGAAUCUUUAUACAAUACAAAAUUAUAAUACGGGAUAUUCACUUUUUUGGGGAGGAUUAACAGUAGGAGUCUGUAAUUUGGCAUGUGGGCUUGCAGUGGGAGUUACAGGAAGUAGUGUGGCUCUUGCAGAUGCACAAGAUCCAAACUUGUUUGUAAAGAUUCUUGUUAUCGAGAUUUUUGGUUCAAUAAUUGGUCUUUUCGGCUUAAUUGUAGGAUUAUUGAUAAGUGGAAAAGCUUCUAAUUUUAGUUAA